AUGGUCAUGCCCUCUGGCAUUGUCUGUUGGUUGUCUGAGGGUGGUGCGGUGUCUGGCCGGAUAUGGUGGGGUGGUGGUGUGAUUCCCGUCCCGGUGGCGCGGGUCGGCUCCAGAGCUGUCAAGUCUUGUCUGGAGAAGGCCGAACCCCUGUCCUCCCUCCUUUUACUGAAAGGAUUCCUCUCGGACGAGACAUCUCGCCCUACCCAUGAUUCCUUUCGCGCUAUGCCCUGUCAGUGGAAAGGAUCCAGAGUUCGGAACCCUCUAGGCUGGGUCUCCGCCCGACGUGGCUCUGCCCAGUCGCACGAUCCCAGCCGGGUUUCCUUCGUUAGCCUGCGCUUCUAUUCGCUGACCCCGACGGCGCAGCACAACCGAGUUGGCAGAGCGGGCGGUCCAGUCCCCUUGGGAGAUGGUGCGUUGGGCCAUCUCAGAGGGAACAGCUGGACUGAUGGAACCAUGGACCUCGCCGAAAAUGGGUUGACGCGGGAAAGACAACGUCAUGUAAAGGCCUCGGGACUGAGUCUCAUGCGGUCUCUCGCAUGGUUGGAAAUUUAG